CAACAACAAGCAAAAAAAGCUAAGCUCAGCUUCAGUAAGUUGUGCGUCCAAGAACGCGUCGGUUGUUAGACAAUGUUGGCAAGUUGGCUAACAAAGCUUUGGCUGCUGCUGCUGCUUUGCCUCGCCAGCACCGAAGGCACCUCCAAACGUGUUAAGCACUGUCUGCAGCCUUUGGUUAGCGGUCGCUGUUUUGGCCAUGUCGAAAGCUUUGCCUACAAUCCACUGGAGCGUCGCUGCGAGGCCUUCAUCUACGGCGGCUGUGGUGGCAAUGAGAAUCGCUUCAGCAGCAAGGCCGCCUGCGAAGCCGCUUGUCGCGAUGUCUAACAAAAAUCAAUAAUUCAAUUCAUUUGUUGUUGUUGUGCUUAGUUUAAGUUCAUUAAUUACAAACUACAGGCUUAAGUUCUA